CGGAGCCUUAACAGGUCAGCGCCCAUACUAGUGUUACCCUGCACCAAAAUCACAUAUUUUCAUGAGAUGAUCAAAACCUCUACAAAACCCUAAUUUUGUUUUCUUCUCUGAUUCAAAGAAUUCGAUCAACAAUGCUUCGAAUCCAUCGAUCUCGUCGAUCUCUCUCUAGACUCUCCAAUAUCGUUCGACCCUUUUGUACUACACAAGUGUCUGCAAACCCUCCCAAAGAAAAUGUUCUCUCUCCUUCCACUACUCUGAUCAACGAUCAAACCCCUCCAGUUCCUCCCACCGAUCCCACGGCCAAAACCCCCUUGAAUUUUCUCAAGUUCGCUCUUUUCGGUGCCCUCGCCGGAGCCUCGGUCGCCGGCUGUUACGCCACUUACGCAUACUCCUUGGAAGAAGUGGACCAAAAGACAAAGGCUUUCCGAGCUUCUGUUAAUUAUGCUGUUGGAGAUAAUGCACCUAGUCUUGAUAAGUUUCAAGGUUUGCUUUAUACUGCUGCAAUGACAGUACCUGCUAAAGCCAUUGAGCUUUACUUGGACCUCAGGAGUAAAAUUGAGGAACAAGUUCAGGGUUAUACUGAGCCUUCCUCGGAGAAGCUUCUUCCAGAUUUGCAUCCGUUGGAACAGCAUGUAUUUACACUUGUGCUGGAUCUCAACGAGACUUUAGUUUACUCUGAUUGGAAGCGUGAAAGGGGUUGGCGCACUUUCAAAAGGCCUGGGGUGGAUGAUUUCCUUGAACACCUAGCUCAAUUUUAUGAGAUUGUUCUGUAUUCAGACCAGCCGAGUAUGUAUGUUGACCCCAUUAUGGAAAGACUCGACACAAAGGGAUGUAUAAGAUACAAAUUGUCAAGAAGUGAUACUAAAUACCACAAUGGAAUUCACUACCGGGACCUAUCAAAACUGAACAGAGAUCCUUCAAAAAUUCUCUAUGUGAGCGGUCAUGCACUAAAAUCCAGUCUUCAGCCCGAGAAUUGUGUUCCUGUCAAGCCCUGGAAGCAAGAAGCAGAUGAUACAGCUCUUGUGGACCUCAUCCCAUUUCUUGAAUAUGUUGCUCGCCAUAGACCAGCUGAUAUAAGACCCGUAUUGGCCUCUUAUCAAGGACGAGACAUAGCAACUGAAUUUAUUGAGCGUUCUAAAGAACAUCAGAGGCGGAUGCUAGAACAGAAGCAGCAUGGGUUUUUCUCGCGGCGUUGAGGGGUCUGCAGUAAGAAGAAUGAAAUGGUGGGUAUUUGAGGAGACUUAAGUCUGCAAAUGAAACGGCGGAUGAUUUAGGUAUAUGCAACAAUUUUGGACCAUCAUAAUGAUCAUUAAUUACAUUAGAGGCUGUGGGACAUGACACUGAUUCAGGUUUAAUGAUAUCGAUUUUACUGCAUCAUACCAAAACAGUUUCUUAGAUUGUUCUCUAAUUCUUCAAGAAGCAUUAAGGUUCCUUGUGAAUCACAGUUUUGAUUUGGCCAGUCAAUUGUUGUAUCUCUCUAUUGAGUUCUCUUUUGUGGAAGUGUCACGAAGAUAGGAGGAUGAUUGCACAAUUUGCUUGUCAUUAUUAUCCUUUGGGGUUUGCUUAACAAGAAGCAUAAGAACAUAGUAUCGGACACAAAAUAUAUCGGGCAUGAUUUUUUAGAAGUGGGCUCCACUCGUAAA